CAUUUAACUGUUAUCCAUGAGAUUCUUCAGGCUUACAUUCAAGUGCUUCGUCGACUGCUUUUGAAUCCCCCUCUGUCAACGGCUGAAUCGACCGCGGCGCUUUUGUGGCAUUUUCCGUCUCUUUGGCUGAGCUGACGAAUUCCAACCUGUGAUUUUUAUUUAAAAAAAAUAUAAACUGAGUUUAUAAUAUUUUUAAAGAAGAAACAACAAACUCGAAAGAAACAAAACAUCAGAGAAAAGAACCUUGCAUGUUGUGGCUGCAUCUCUAGCCUGUCUACCGGCUGCCCCCCACACCACCUUUUUUUUUUUUUUUUUUUUUUUUUUUUUUAGUCAGGCCUUCUUAAGACACACCAAAAGGCAACUUUCUCUGUAAAUCAUAACAAGUUUUUGUGCUGUCACACAACAAAAUGUCACCCGAGUUGGAAGAGGACAGAAGAGGUGAAAUCAGCCUCUCACAGCUGGAGGCGGGGGCCCUGUUCGAGGAAGAGGGCAGUGGGGCUGCUUGUCCCCUGGUGCCUGUACCCGGUGUGGGCACAGGGUGCGUUGAGGCGGGUGGUACCGGUCCACCGCACACGCAGGAUGAGGCCGCAGCUGCAACUGGAGUCGCAGUUUCUGGGCCAGCAGAGAGAGUAACCUGGACCCGACAAAUGGACUUCAUCAUGUCUUGUGUGGGCUUUGCUGUUGGCCUGGGCAACGUGUGGCGGUUUCCUUACCUUUGCUAUAAGAACGGAGGAGGGGUAUUCCUGAUCCCUUACCUGCUGAUCGUGUUCAUCGGAGGCAUCCCGGUCUUCUUCCUGGAGAUCGCGCUGGGCCAGUUCAUGAAGCAGGGAGGGGUCUCUGCCUGGAACAUUGCACCUCUCUUUAAAGGUCUGGGCCUGGCCUCAAUGGUGAUAGUGUUCUUCUGUAACACUUACUACAUCAUGAUCCUAGUGUGGGGCCUCUACUUUCUCUUCCACUCUUUCACCAGCCCACUGCCCUGGGCCACCUGUGGACACCCCUGGAACACCCCUAACUGCACACAAGACUUCCGGCGCGCCUGCCACAACCACAGCUCUGCUGAGACCUCUGCGUCAUCUGCUGCCACCCACUCUAAUGUUCUGUCUGCCAUGUCUGUGCUGAACCAGUCCUCUUCCCAGCACCUCCUCAAUGGCAGCUGCAUGGAGGCUGACGGCAUGCGUUCCCCAGUGAUCGAGUUCUGGGAGCGUAAAGUGCUUCGCCUGUCUGGAGGACUGCAUGAGCCUGGUGUUAUAAGCUAUGAGCUGGUACUUUGUCUCAUAGUCACCUGGGUCAUGGUUUACUUCUGCAUGUGGAAAGGAGUUAAAUCAACGGGGAAGGUCGUGUACUUCACAGCUCUGUUUCCUUACGUGGUUUUGGUGGUUCUCCUGGCCCACGGAGUCACUCUGCCUGGAGCUUUGGAUGGCAUCGUUUACUACCUAAAACCAAACUGGUCCAAACUUGGAGAAGCACAGGUGUGGAUUGAUGCUGGCACUCAGAUUUUCUUCUCCUAUGCCAUCGGACUUGGUGCCCUCACUGCUCUGGGCAGCUACAACCGCUUCCAUAACAACUGUUACCAGGAUGCGUUCGUGCUGGCUCUUAUAAACAGUGGAACCAGUUUUUUUGCCGGCUUUGUGGUGUUUUCUGUGCUGGGAUUCAUGGCUGCAGAACAAGGAGUGGACAUCAGCAAGGUGGCUGAAAGUGGUCCAGGCCUGGCCUUCAUCGCCUACCCUAAGGCCGUGACUCUGAUGCCUCUGGCACCAGUGUGGGCAGCAUUGUUCUUCUUCAUGUUGCUCAUCUUAGGCCUAGACAGCCAGUUUGUAGGGGUGGAAGGUUUAAUAACAGGAAUCAUGGACAUGUUACCUCCCAAAUCUGCCCUGAGCAACAUAAGACGUGAGGUUGUUGCUGCUAUCUGCUGCAUCAUCUGCUUCCUCAUUGACAUGUCCAUGGUAACAGAGGGAGGGAUGUAUGUAUUUCAGCUGUUUGACUACUACUCUGCCAGUGGCAUCACCCUACUGUGGCAGGCCUUCUGGGAGUGUGUUGUCAUCGCAUGGGUCUAUGGCGCAGACCGUUUCAUGGACGACGUGGCUCGUAUGAUCGGCUAUCAGCCCCUGCCCUACAUGAAGUGGUGCUGGUCCUACAUCACGCCUUCUGUCUGUGUGGCAGUGUUCCUAUUCCAUGUGGUGAACUACAAGCCUCUAACCUACAAUGCAGUGUACACCUACCCUUUGUGGGGUGAAGCAGUUGGCUGGGCGCUGGCUCUGUCCUCUAUGCUCUGUAUUCCUGUUACUGUUCUCUACAAACUGCUGCGAUGCAAAGGUUCUCUGCGGGAGCGGUGGCAACACCUAACCACUCCAGUCUGGGGCAGACAUCACCUGGAGUACCUGGCCCCAGAAACUGAAGCCAAACUGCUGCCCCCUGCAGGAACCAAGAAUACGCUCCUUUUUGAAAGUGUGAUCUAAUAGGCUUAGCUUAUUCAUAGAAUAAAAGCAUGCACACUAUCCUGGCUUUGUAGAACUCUAGAAAAACCCAAACAUUUUUAACAGGAAUAGCCCUGAACAAAUGGACCAGAGUUUGGAGAACUCACACCUGCAGCACCACAGCCAUUCACGCUUUUCCACCUCAGAGUGUUCGCCUGCUUACUGUCCGCUGCCUUCGUGCUGUUCGGUCUCGUCUUGUUCUGUGGCUGUGAAAUGUUUGCAGUAUUUGCAAAAUCUUACCUUUUUGCACCUUUUUGUCGGCGUUUCUGCAGCUUUAUCAGUGCCACAAACAUCAGGUCAUUUUCUUCUGAAAAGAUGGAAACUCGUUUGACAUUUGAAUAAUGUUUGAACUUCCAAAAAGAAAGACCUCAUACCUACUGCCUUUUGUCCACAGUUGUGUGUAUGUGUGUCUACGUGUGUGUCUGCAUGUGUCGUUGAGAGCAUGUUGAGUGACGACAGUGGUACCUUCAGAUACGUGACACUUUAUCACUGAGCUGUAACUAAUGCCGCCUGUCCUCUCUGGUUUAGGUGUGAAAAAUGAAAAGCUUCCAUUUGUAAAAAACAACAAAUACUAUCGCAAGUCAUUACAUUGCCACUUCCAGCUCUGUAUUAUGAACUAACUUAAGUAUUCUGUGUAUUGUGGGCUGUUGAAUAAAUGACAUAAUUUCCACAUUAAGGGAAGACGGGAAACAUCUGACUGAACCAUGUAACGAGCAUGAGGCUGGGAGGAGGAAGAGAGAAGCAAUAAAUAACCAGAUGUUGAAGGGUG